GACUGAAAAGAAUAUACUCGUGAAUACAGCGAUGUAAUUUGCUAGCAGUACUUGCUUCUCACUAGACUAAACAUAUUUGAUAUAUUUACAUGUUCACGAAGGCACCUGCUUAAUGCUAUUCGUUUCAUUUGAUUUACACCAGGGUAGGUUAUCCAAACCAUUUCAAUCCGUUGUUUUCAUUCGACCAAGCGUAUGCACUGGACAUGCCAAUUCGAUCGAUUCCUUGCCUUGCCUUGCUACAUCCAGUUUAUAUCAACAAGUACUGGUCACUUCUGUAAUUUCUGAAGUCCCUUUUUAUCCUUUCUGUUCGAAGUUUCGUCGACUCGUUACUUGGGACAAGUUCGAGCAUCUGAGAGACUCAACAGAUGACAAGCACCGAUGCACGGGCCGAGACGUCGUUUAGAUGUUCCGCCCUGGAAUUUCGAAAGUGACAUCGUGGAUUUCGAACCUGGUUGAGAAGGCCCGCAGUUGGGAAAUGGAGAUGGAGAGGGCCUAGAUCGACGGGCCCGUUCAUGAUGGGAAACGUGGUUCAUUCAGACUCGGAAUCCAUCGUCCAUGCUUCCUAGAGUUACACGGUUACAAGGAAGAAAGACAUACCGAUGAAAGGCGAACCCAGUUCGGUUUGUGGUUGUUGUGAUUGAUCUUCCCAUAAUACUUCUGCAGUUGACAUUGCGGCGAUCUCCGUUC